AGUCUUAUGUUUAUGGUCGAGAGAAUGACAAAGAAGAGCUGCUGAAAUUGCUCCUUUCAAAUGAAUCGAGCGAUGAUCAAGUGGCUGUGAUACCAAUUGUUGGCAUGGGAGGGGUCGGUAAAACAACUCUUGCUCAAAUGGUGUACAAUGAUGACAGAGUCAACGAAUUUUUCGAUUCCAAGGCUUGGGCUUGUGUUUCAGAUGAUUUUGACAUUUUCAGGGUAACAAAGACAAUCCUUAAAGCAAUCACAGAAGGUGGCUGUGAUUAUGAGGAUCUGAAUAUGGUUCAAGUGAAACUGAGUGAGGCCUUGACCAGGAAGAGGUUUCUAAGCUUAGAUGAUGUUUGGAAUCAAAAAUACGAGGACUGGGACAUCCUGUGCAGCCCAUUUCUAGUUGGUUCAUCUGGGAGCAAGAUAAUUGUCACCACUCGGCAUCAUAGGGUGGCAUCAGUAAUGUCUUCCACUGCUGGAUAUAGUCUGAAGGAGUUGACAGAUGAUGAAAGCUUAUGGUUACUGAGGACAAAUUUUGACAGGUACCCCAAUCUAGAAGGCAUUGGUAGGAGUAUUGUAAGGAAAUGUAAGAACUUACCCUUGGCCGUGAAGACUCUUGGAGGGCUGUUGCGUGCUAGAUCGACCCCAGAUGAAUGGACGGAUAUACUGAACAGUGAGAUAUGGGAAAUAAAAGAGGAUCAAAGUGAUAUUCUUCCAGCACUGAGAUUAAGCUAUUAUCAUCUUCCUGCCCAUCUAAAACCGUGCUUUGCUUACUGCUCCAUAUUUCCCAAGGACUAUGAGUUUGACAAAUAUGAGCUUGUAUUGCUCUGGAUGGCAGAGGGUUUUCUCGAGGAAUCAAAAGCAAGUGAACUUAUGGAGGACAUAGGGGACAAUUAUUUUAAGGAGCUACUAAUGAGGUCCUUCUUCCAGCAGUCAAGUUCCAAUAGUUCACGUUUUGUGAUGCAUGACCUUAUUAACGUUCUAGCUAGAUAUGUUGCUGGAGAUUUUUGUUCAAGAUUGACAGACGACUUGGAAGAGAACAUCAAAUGCACGAUCCUUGACAAGGUUAGGUACGCAUCAUUCACAAGUUCAGCGUAUGGAGCUUCACAAAAGUUUAAAACUCUUCAGAAAGCAAAACAUUUGCGAAGUUUCCUGCCAUUGCCCAUUUUUGUCGAGGAUGGCAGGGAGUUACACGAGUUUCACAUCCCUAAAAAGGUCAUAGCAGAACUUUUGUUGGAAUUGCGAUACUCUAGGGUGCUAUCAUUCAGUGGCUAUUUUAUCUUUGAUCUACCAAAUUCCAUCGGUGAAUUAAUACAUCUGAGGUACCUGAAUUUGUCUGGUACUUGGUUGAAAUUGUUGCCUGAAUCAUUGAGUAAUCUUUGCAAUUUACAAGCACUACGAUUGCGCAACUGCACGGAGCUGAUUAACCUACCGUCAAUUGCAUGA